AUGCUGCCUCGUGUUAGUUCCCCCGAAAGAGUAUGGGGUUUGGAGGAUAUUCUGUACGGCACUGCAUAUGCGUUUGAUAUCGCGCACAUGGUCUUUAUUCAGCGCAGCUUUGAAAAUGGUCUCGGGAGGCACAUGUGGUUCCUGUCGGAUGCGGAAAGAAACUGCGCGUUGAAGAACGAGUUCAUUUCCCAACCGCUGGCUGUCACUGCCUCCAUGCUAAGUCGCUCCGGCAUGAUGUGUUUCCUCUACACGUGCUUUAGCAGCGUCGAUAAGCAUAUCCGCGUAUCCAUCCUCGUAUGCAUGGCAAUACAGGUCGUGGUGAACACGGUUACUGCGAUUCAGAUUAUUGUGCAAUGCGGCCCCAAUCCCUACCAUGCGUCCAAUCGAGUCAGCUAUUUCCACUAUAUGUGGGAUAAUCUACCAGCCGAUGGCUCCGUGGUCUGUCAAUCACCAGAAGUUCAAACGACGAUAGGAUUCGUUCAGGGUGGCUUCAACACGACCAUCGAUUUCUUUUUGACGGCACUCUCAGCGGUGCAAUUGUGGCGUUAUACGAUACGGGCAACGGACUCGGCUCCAUCGCAGCACAAGCCACUAUUCAGUCGCAUUCGGCGAAUGUCACGACAAGCGCUCUUUCGUCGUCUGUGGCAGACUGUUAGCCUCAGCGGGCCGUUGCUGCUAUCAGGGAUCGCCUCUAUUGUGAAGACAUAUUUACUUAAGACCCUGGGUGAGCGGAAUGAUAUUACCCAUAACACUGUCCCCUUUAUUCUAUGGGUCAAGAUAGAGAAUUACAGCAUCCUCCUCGCAACGUUCGCGCCGAUGAUCCGUCUCUUCGUGUCGAUGGUGUCCUCAGACAAAGGACAAAGUGGCAGUUACUGGUCCAACAGUCGGUCCAAGAGUAGCCACCCCGGCCUGGAACUAGAUUCGCAACCGCAUGCGCAAAGGAAGGGAGCGGUGGUCAUGUCCGUCUCUGCCGGGGAGGAGGCGGUCCAGCAUGGGGAUGAUCAGUGGAAAAGGGCCAGCAGUAGAGCACACCAGAGACAUCGUAGCAGUGACGUGCAGGAUGCCUCCAACGGAGUGACUGUUCGAACGGAGAUUGUCGUCCGGGUGUCGUCGGAUAAGACUUCGACAGAGAGGCUGGUUAUUUGA